AUGGAUAGAGCUAAAGAAAGACAAGACAAAGAAAACCUUAAAAGACAAGCAUUAUUAGAACAGGCAGGGGGCCCUGAUGCAUUCGCACCUGGUAUCAUGGGGCCCCCAGGUAUGCCUCCAGGGAUAUUAGGGGGGCCCCCAGGUAUGAUGGGGGGCCCCCCGGGAAUGAUGGGGGGGCCCCCAGGGAUGAUGGGGGGGCCCCCAGGGAUGAUGGGGGGGCCCCCAGGUAUGAUGGGGCCCCCAGGUAUGGGGGGCCCCCUUGGAAGGCCCAGUAUCAUGGGGGCCCCAAUGGCUGGGGGGCCCCCUAUGCCUGGCGGCCCCCCUAUGCCUGGGGCCCCCAUGGGCAGGGGCCUCGCAAUGGGGGCAGGGAGACCUAGUAUGAUGGGGCCCCCAGGUAUGGGGGCCCCAGGUAUGGGGCCCCCAGGUAUGGGGCCCCCAGGCAUGGGGGCCCCAGGCAUGCCUGGGAAGGCCCCCCCAAUGCAGAGCUAUAGCAUGAGGCCCCCCAUUGCGCAGUGGAGGUCUGGAGGGAGCCUGUGGCGGCAUACGGUGUUUCUGCUGCAGCAGCUGCUUCAGCAGCUCCAGCAGCAGCUGCUGCUGCUGGAGCUGCAGCAGCAGCAGCAGCAGCAGCUGCUGCUGCUGCUGUUACUACACGUGUUGAUAGCAUCCGCAGCAGGAGGAGCUGCAGCAGGAGAAGCUGCAGCAGAAGAAGCUGCAGCAGAAGAAGCUGCAGCAGAAGAAGCUGCAGCAGAAGAAGCUGCAGCAGGAGAAGCUGCAGCAGAAGAAGCUGCAGCAGCGGCAGCUGCAGCAGCAGCACCGAAGCAUCGUUGGCUUUCCAAAGAAGGUAGCAGUGCUGGCUUCGUGCUGCUGCUGCAGAUUUAA